GGUGUCGGAGGGCUUCACUGAGAGGCCAUUGCUUCUUUUGCCUUUGCCUUUGUUCAUUGUCAUCUUAUUCUCUUUUUGGUACUAUUUUUAUUAUUAUUAUUUCAUUAGAACCCUCUUUUCUUUACACCACUUUACUUUACCUCAGUUUCCUCCCUUCUCCUUCUUCUUCCUUUUACUUAAUAGUUUUCUAUCUAUUCUAAAGCUUAAUAACAAUGGCGGAAAUAACCCAUCCUCCUAUGGACCAGCUUCAAGACCUUGAGUAUUGCAUAGACUCUAACCCUUCUUGGGCUGAGACCAUCCUAUUAGCAUUUCAGAACUAUAUCCUAAUGUUGGGUACAAGUGUAAUGAUCCCUACAUUGCUCGUUCCAGCAAUGGGUGGAACCGAUCGGGACAAAGCAUUGGUAAUACAAACGUUACUCUUUGUAGCCGGCAUUAACACGGUUCUCCAAGCACUUUUUGGAACAAGAUUGCCAGCAGUUAUUGGAGGUUCUUAUGCUUAUGUUAUCCCAGUAGCCUAUAUAAUAAACGACCCGUCAUUGCAACGGAUUAGUGACAGACAUGAUAGAUUUAUACAAACGAUGCGUGCAAUUCAAGGAGCUCUUGUCAUAGCCUCAAGCAUACAAAUUAUACUGGGAUACAGCCAAGUUUGGGGUCUCUUUUCACGGUUCUUCAGCCCCCUCGGUAUGUCACCGGUGGUCGCAUUGGUCGGCUUGGGAUUGUUUCAAAGAGGGUUUCCUUUGCUUGGAAAUUGUGUUGAAAUCGGGCUGCCGAUGCUGUUAUUGGUGAUCGGAGUGUCGCAGUAUCUAAAACAUGUGAGACCAUUAAGAGAUAUCCCAAUUUUCGAAAGGUUUCCCAUAUUAAUCUGCGGUACAAUCAUAUGGAUCUAUUCCCUUAUACUGACUGCCGGUGGGGCUUAUCAUAACAAGCCGAUUGCUACUCAAAUUAGUUGUCGUACCGACCGAGCAAAUCUCAUAUCAACUGCUCCAUGGUUCAAGUUUCCUUACCCUCUUCAAUGGGGUCCUCCUACAUUUUCGGCUGGUCAUUCCUUUGCUAUGAUGUCUGCAGUUUUAGUCUCUAUGGUUGAGUCGACUGGAGCAUACAAGGCGGCAUCUCGAUUGGCUAUUGCGACUCCUCCUCCGGCUUACGUACUAAGCCGUGGCAUUGGCUGGCAGGGGAUUGGGAUCAUGCUUGAUGGACUAUUCGGAACGGUGACCGGUUCUACGGUUUCUGUGGAAAACGUCGGACUCCUAGGAUUAACCCGAGUCGGAAGUCGCCGAGUUGUUCAGAUAUCUGCUGGCUUCAUGAUGUUUUUCUCUAUAUUUGGAAAAUUUGGAGCAGUGUUUGCAUCCAUACCUUUCCCCAUCUUUGCAGCACUUUAUUGUGUACUUUUCGGCCUUGUUGGUUCCGUCGGAUUAUCGUUUCUACAAUUCACAAACAUGAAUUGCAUGAGAAACCUCAUCAUAACAGGAUUAUCACUUUUCUUAGGGAUUUCCAUCCCUCAAUUCUUCAACCAAUAUUGGAACCCAUCCCAUCGUGGCCUCGCUCACACCAAUGCCGCCUGGUUCAAUGCAUUCGUGAACACCGUGUUCUCAUCGCCGGCGAUGGUGGGACUGACAGUGGCGGUGAUCUUAGACAACACGAUAGAAGUGGAGAAAUCGAAGAAAGAUAGAGGGAUGCCAUGGUGGGUUAAGUUUAGAACAUUUAGAGGAGAUAAUAGGAAUGAAGAAUUUUACACUUUGCCUUUUAAUCUUAAUAGGUUUUUUCCACCAACUUGAAUUUCCCAAAAUUAGGCAUGGUAAUUGCAUAUAUUUUACCGGUUUUUCCUUUGACAAAUAUGGGUAGUAGUAGAGGCCAUUCGUGUAAUUUUUCAAAAUAUUUUAUGAAUUAUUUAUUAAUUUAUAAUAUUUAAAUUUUGAUUUUUUUAUAAA